AUGAACCCCUAUUAUUCGUCGUUUCAAGUCGAUAUCUCGACUUCCCAAGCCUCCUCAUCCCGUCCAGUACCCUCGAAUCCUCCGGAUAGCUUCCGUUUCCACUCGCCAGCGCCUAGUUUCCAAAGCGAACCAUAUUCACAGCCGCAUACUAAUGCAUUCCUUCUGGCAGACGAAGCCGAUACCGUUCAUACUGCUGAAUAUAUCCAAACUGAAGGCUUCAUAAGUGAUAAUAGCCAAAGCUAUACUCAGUUAGCAACUGAUACUGAAAGAGGAGGCAAUAAUAAUGAUAAGGGAAAGGGGCGAAAGGCUGGAAAGGGGCUUACCGAAAGUGAGAAGACGAUAGUCUUACAGAUCUGCUUUGAUAAAGCAGAGCUGUACGGCCAUAUGGCCGACCGGGCGUUUUGGAGGCUUGUGACUCGAGAGUUUGAGUCUAUCCAAAGCACAACUCAUAACUCCCUUGGGCGGCUUGUGAGUACUCUCGUUCGUGAGCGCCAGGAAGAGCUUUCGACAAGGCUGGAAGGGGAGAGCGGUGUUACGAUAUCAAGGCACGAAGGAGGCCGAAACGGAAGCGUCUUUGAUGUGGAGGAGGACGCAGACAUCACGGUUCUGAGAAAGAACUGCGACGUUAUCACAGACUUCGCCCCCUAUUCCAACAUCGCCAUUAACCCCUUCAGUUUCGACUGCCUCUCGAAAGCGAAAGCGUUAUACGAGGGCUUCUUCUCCUCCAAUAGCAGCUGCCGAACUCGUGUCGAUUGCAAAUCGGAUUGCAACUUCCCUAGAAGGGGGUGGAGGUGCAGCACCAUCAAGGAUAUCAGCUGUUGA